AUGAUAUAUAGAUACAAAAUUUAUAAAUAUACAAUAUACCUGUUUGCCAUCAUUAUCAACCAGUCUAUCUGUAUAGAAUUUCAUAAAUUUAUUAAUAAAUACAAUAAAUCAUUUGUAGAACCAAUAAAUAAUAAAGAUAUAAUUUAUAGGUUCAAAAAGAAUUAUUUAAAACUAAACAAAGAAGAAAAUGGUUUAUUAAAUCCACCAAUAUUAGAUAUGGAUCAAAUGGAAGUUCCUGAUAACGAUAAAAAUAGGAAGUAUCCUACUAAAGACCUUAAAAUUAUAUUACCAAAAACAUAUGCCGAUGUAAAUAGUAAAAAGGGUCCUGAGUAUUGGGAUUAUGAGAAUAUAACAUUAAAAUGGAAUGUACCAGACUCAUAUGAAAUAGUCAGGAAGAUAGGAAGAGGAAAGUUCAGUGAAGUUUUUGAGGGAUUAAAUACAGUAACCAAGGAUAAAUGUGUAAUAAAAAUCCUAAAGCCUGUAAAGAAGAAGAAGAUCAAAAGAGAGAUAAAGAUUCUACAGAAUCUACGAGGAGGACCAAAUAUAAUAAAGCUCCUUGAUAUAGUAAAAGACCCCCAAAGUAGAACACCCUCACUAAUUUUUGAACAUGUAAAUAAUACUGAUUUCAAAACCUUGUACCCAACCCUAACUAUACAGGACAUAAAGUACUAUAUUUACCAGUUAUUAAAGGCCAUGAAUUAUUGCCACAGUCAGGGAAUAAUGCACAGAGAUAUAAAACCGCACAACGUUAUGAUAGAUCACGAAAAGAAAAUACUAAGGUUAAUCGAUUGGGGAUUAGCUGAGUUUUAUCACCCCGAACAGGAAUACAGCGUCAGGGUAGCAACGAGGUACUACAAAGGCCCAGAACUCCUGGUUGAUAUGAGGUACUAUGACUACAGCCUCGAUAUAUGGAGCAUAGGGUGUAUGUUAGCUGGUAUCAUUUUCAAGAAGGAGCCAUUUUUCUACGGCCAUGAUAACUAUGACCAGCUUGUGAAAAUAGCCAAAGUACUAGGAACAGAAGAUUUGCACCGGUACUUUGAGAAGUACGGACUUAAAUUCGCACCAGCAUACCAGGAAAUUUUAGGAAACCACUCAAAAAAACCCUGGACCAAGUUCGUACACCAUGAAAAUCAACACCUGGUAUCACCCGAAGUCAUGGACCUACUGGAUCGCAUGUUGGUAUAUGACCAUACCAAGAGAAUCACCCCUCUCGAGGCAAUGGAACACCCGUUCUUUAACGAAAUCAAAAACAAUUCAGUUUAA